AUGUUCGACCACGGAGUUUAUCAGUUCCUUCAGUUGUUCGCGGAAUAUGUUACACAGUGUGCCCUCAACAGUGGCGCCAAUCCGUCUUGUGACUGGACGAGGACACAGAGAGGAGCAGAUGAGUCCCUUUCUCCAGAGGAUGUCCCAGUGAAUUCUUUAGAGAGCACUCCCCUGGCGCUGGAUGGUGAGGCCUGUCUGGAGUUCUGGUACUUGGCUCCAAUAGCAGCUAAUGGGUCUGAGCUUAAAGUUCUGCUCAAAAGCAACACAGGAGUGGCAGAAAUUUGGACCUCACCUGCCCUGGACAGAGAUGUUUGGAGACAAGUGUUUGUCCCCCUGUCAAUCACUGAAACAGGGGCCCAGCUCUCUUGCUCUUCUUCCCGCUGCUCUGAUGGCAACAACUGCGGUCCACAAAGAGAAAAUUCCACUGGGAGCUCCACCUUUCAGACCUGCACUGUCCACAGUGACCCACACUGUACCACUUUUGAUGGGGUCGUGUUCCGCUUCUUGGCUCCCUGCACUUAUGUUCUGGCCAAAACCUGCUCACCCACAGAGACCCCACCUAUGUUCAGUGUGGAGGUGGCCAAUGAACAAACGGGGAAUUCAUCCGUGUCUACUGUCCAGCAGGUCAGUGUGGUGCUGAAGAACCUCCGGGUGUCCCUGCUGAAAAGGCAGAUGCACCAGGCUAUGGUAAAUGGCAUCUGGAAGAAGCUUCCACUGAGUCUCAGUCAUGGCACUGUCAAGGUCCGUAGCCACACUGCUGCUGUUGUGGUAGAAACCAGCUUUGGUCUGCUUGUCUCAUACGACAGUGCUGGUGCUGUUCAUGUAACUGUGCCAGCGACAUACUCCAGAAAAGUCUGUGGCAUGUGUGGCAACUUUAAUGGCGACAGAAACGAUGAUUACAGCAGGCCUGAUGGUUCAGAUGCCCCAGAUGCUACAGCUUUGGCUACAAGCUGGCAGACUGAUGGAGUCACCUCUUGUGAGACCAUUCUUGUGCCACAUCAGUGUGACCCGCAGGAACAGGCUGAGUAUGCCAGUGAGUCUUAUUGCGGAGGCCUCCUCUCUGAGACUGGGCCCCUCUCUGGCUGCCUAGCAGUCCUGGGUGCAGAGAGCUACUUCAGGAGCUGUGUGGCAGGGAUGUGCUCUACUCACGGUGACAUGGCAGUAGUGUGUGAGACGCUACAGAGCUACGCUGAUAUCUGCCAGGAGGCUGGAGUCCUUGUACCCACCUGGAGGAACUUCACACUGUGCCCCCUGGAGUGUGGUGAGAACAGCCAUUAUAACUCAUGCGCUGAAGGCUGCCCUGAGGUGUGCUCCAGCCUGGAUGUCACUGGCUCCUGUGGAAGCUGUGAGGAGAGAUGUGAGUGUGACCCUGGCCUCAAACUCAGUGGAGGGGAGUGUGUCCCAGCAGAGGACUGUGGUUGCUGGAAGAAUGGACAACACCAUGAAAAAGGAGCAAUAUUCUUGGAAGGAGAGUGUCAGCAGCAGUGCCAGUGCAUGGGUAAUAAUGAAGUGACGUGCACCACAAUGCACUGUGCAGACAAUGAGGUCUGCAAGUUCAGCGAUGGGGUCAAAGGCUGUUUCCCCUCCAAACUUGUCACCUGCAGCGUGUAUGGUGACCCACACUAUAUCACCUUUGAUGGGAGGGCGUAUGACUUCCAGGGGGGCUGCAAUUACACACUGGCCACCACAUGUGGAGGGCAAAGCUCAGUUCAGUUCACUGUGACUGGACGCAACCUGCACCCUCCUCUCCAGAAUUUCACCCGCUCUAAGCUUGAGGCUGUGGCUCUUCAAGUGGAUGAUCUGCACCUUACACUUGACCAGAGUGGAGAUGUCCAUAAUAUGCAGGUUCAUCUCCCCUAUCACACCAAUGGUACCUACGGCUCACUGAAAGUCUACAUGAGGAAGCAGUAUGUUGUCUUAGAGACGAGCUUUGGCCUCAGGAUGAUGAUAGACACGCAGAACAGACUCUUCCUGCAGGUGGACGAACGCUACAAGGGUGAGAUGUGUGGACUUUGCGGCACCUACUCUGAUCUACAGGGCGAUGAUUUCAUAACCCCUGACGGCCAAAACAUCACCGGUCCAUUCGAGUUUGGCAACAGCUGGAGGGUGGAGGACGACACCAAGUGUAUAGCCCAUCCAAACGAACCUAGGCCCUGUAAUGUCCAUGAGGAGGAUCUGGCAUACAGUGAGUGUAACAAGUUGUUGGGGGAUGUCUUCAAGUCUUGCCACGACUACGUGCACCCAUUGACCUAUGUCACUAACUGUGUGUAUGACUACUGUGACACGAGUGGGGCCCAAAAUACCCUGUGUGAGUCCCUGGAGUCCUAUGUGGCAGCUUGCGAGGUGGCAGGAGUGGAGCUGCCCCACUGGCAGAGUGGCACUGCCUGUGUUUGCCCCUUGAACUGCAACUUUGAUACAAAUCUGUGUGGGUGGGAGCAGCUCAUACAGGACAGUUUUGACUGGACACGGCAUUCAGGCCCCACCUCGUCAGCCUCCACUGGACCAAACCAAGACCACACCACUGGAUCGGGCUUCUACAUGUACAUUGAGGGUGAUGGUGUUACGCAUGGAGACUCUGCUCGUCUGUUGAGCUCAUUAUGUCAUUACGAUGGUCCAAUCUGCCUGCACUUCUGGUACCACAUGUAUGGUUCAGCCUCAGCCAUGGCCCUCAAUAUCUACCUGCUCCAAGAGAACUCAGUCAGCAAACUUUGGUCCAAGAUGAACGACCAAGGAUCAGUGGAUCAGUGGAUCCCAGCAUAUGUUGAUACCACGGUCUCUGGCCCAUUCCAGAUUAUAGUGGAGGGAAUACGAGGCUCUGACUCUCAAUCAGAUGUGGCCAUUGAUGAUAUUUCCAUCCAGUUUGGCUCAUGCUCAGCUGGUUCCCCUGGACUGCCUGAUGGAACCUUACUUCCUCCCACAACUGCAGAAGUCCUCCCCACAGAUUCAGAUGGUCACUAUCUUUACAUCGAAGCCACUGGUGUGGCAUGGGGAGACACAGCUCGUCUCAUCAGCUCAGAGUGCUCUGUCUCCGGUCCUCAGUGUCUACAAUUCUGGUACCAUAUGUACGGCUCAGCUGAUACGAUGGGCCUCCAUGUGUAUUUGGUCCAGGACAGGGCAGGUACUGCUGUUUGGCGGAUGAGGAAUGACCAAGGAAAUAUGUGGCGCCUGGCCCAGGUGGACCUCACCACAAGUGGACCUUUCCAGAUCAUUAUUGAAGGGCGCAGAGGAUCCAGCGAACAGUCAGAUGUGGCCAUAGAUGAUGUGAGACUUUACCAUGGCCGAUGCUCUGCUCCAGAGCCCCCCGUGGUCAAUGUUACUGUGCAGCCUCCUGUCACAGUUCAGCCCCCUAUAGGGAAUGUCACCGCACCUCCCCUAGUUGAAGCAACAACAGCCUUCUUUCCUGACAAGGGUGGUCACUAUCUUUACAUCGAGGCCGACAGUGUGGCAUGGGGAGACACAGCUCGUCUCAUCAGCUCAGAGUGCUCUGUCUCCGGUCCUCAGUGUCUACAAUUCUGGUACCAUAUGUACGGCUCAGCUGAUACGAUGGGCCUCCAUGUGUAUUUGGUCCAGGACAGGGCAGUCUGCCACCUGAAUUGUGAUUUUGAUCAAGAUCUUUGUGAAUGGAAUCAAAUGCCUACUGAUGCGUUUGACUGGACAUGGCACAGUGGCUCCACACCUACUCUGAUGACAGGGCCUUCCUCAGACCACACAAGUGGAGGUGGUCACUAUCUUUACAUCGAGGCCGACAGUGUGGCAUGGGGAGACACAGCUCGUCUCAUCAGCUCAGAGUGCUCUGUCGACGGUCCUCAGUGUCUACAAUUCUGGUACCAUAUGUACGGCUCAGCUGAUACGAUGGGCCUCCAUGUGUAUUUGGUCCAGGACAGGGCAGGUACUGCUGUUUGGCGGAUGAGGAAUGACCAAGGAAAUAUGUGGCGCCUGGCCCAGGUGGACCUCACCACAAGUGGACCUUUCCAGAUCAUCUUUGAGGGGCGGAGAGGUUCCAAUGAUCAGUCUGAUGUGGCCUUAGAUGAUGUGUCGAUUUAUAGUGGGCACUGUGCAGCUAGACCUCAGCCACCAACGACAGCUAGACCACAACCAACAACGACAGCUAGACCUCAGCCACCAACGACAGCUAGACCACAACCUCCAACGACAGCUAGACCACAACCAACAACGACAACUAGACCACAACCUCCAACGACAGCUAGACCUCAGCCACCAACGACAGCUAGACCUCAGCCACCAACGACAGCUAGACCACAACCAACAACGACAGCUAGACCACAACCAACAACGACAACUAGACCACAACCUCCAACGACAGCUAGACCUCAGCCACCAACGACAGCUAGACCUCAGCCACCAACGACAGCUAGACCACAACCAACAACGACAGCUAGACCUCAGCCACCAACGACAGCUAGACCACAGCCUCCAACGACAGCUAGACCUCAGCCACCAACGACAGCUAGACCACAGCCUCCAACAACAGCUAGACCUCAGCCACCAACGACAGCUAGACCUCAGCCACCAACGACAGCUAGACCACAGCCUCCAACGACAGAUAGACCACAACCACCAACGACAGCUAGACCACAACCACCAACGACAGCUAGACCAGCACCCUCCUGCCCAGAGAACAGUCAUUACACCACUUGUGUCCCUGCCUGCAGCCCAACCUGCAGUAGCCUGCACUGUCCACGUGGCUAUCAUGUAGAUCAACCUUGUGUGGCAGGAUGUGUAUGUGACAAUGGCUUUGUACUGAAAAAAUGGGCUUGUGUGCCUAUCCAACAGUGUGGUUGUGUGGACAGCAGUGGCAACAACCAUAAUUUUGAUGAGGUGUGGUACACCAGCCACUGCGGACAGAAAUGUGAAUGUGAGAAAGACGACGAUGUAGGGGAGAUUGAAUGUUAUGAUAAGGAUGAGUGUGAUGGAAAUGCAGUCUGCUUUCAAGAUGAGGAGGGACAGUAUUACUGCAAGUCCACAGACUUCAGUGAGUGCACUGUCAAGAGAGACUCUCAUUAUAGAACCUUUGACGGCCUGAAGCACAGAUAUAAGGGUGACGACUCAUACGUGCUGGUCCAGACCACCGAACUGACUAAUAAUCUUCCAGCAGUCUACAUAGAGGUCAUCAAUACAUACAGAACAAAUGACCAAGAUGACAAUGAAAACGAUGAUAAAAGUAGCAGUGAAGAGGAUGACAGCCACAGCAGAGGCAGAGAUGAUGAUGAUGACGAUGACAAUGAUGAUGAUGAUGAUGAUGACAGCAAAGAGAAUGAGGACCGCCACAUAGUAAGAGAGCUCAAAAUCAGAGUCUACAAUCAUACUGUGGAGUUCAAGCAGAAAAGAGCUCUGGUCCUGGAUGGCAGGAGUCUUAGUCCCCCUGUCUCACCAACUGCCGGUCUGAGGAUCUGGAAACAUCUCUAUCACAUCCACCUAAAGACAGAUUUUGGCCUCUCGGUGAAGUUUGAUGGGCACAGACACACAAAAAUCAUUCUACCACACACGUAUAAAAGGAAGGUGCUGGGGCUGUGUGGGAACUUUGACACCAGAGAGACGAAUGACCUGAUGAAGCCAGAUGGUAGCCAAGCCGAGAAUGUGCAAGACUUUGGAGAGAGCUGGAAGGUGACAGAGGACUCUGUGAAUAUUAGACGGAGACGAGCCACUCGCUUCGAUGGCCUCUCCUAA